AACGCUUCAGCCGCGAAACGGAAUAGACGCAAAAAAAGCGAGAAAUUCAAAAGUGAUCAAUUAGCAAAGCUUUAUCUUCUCUUCUUCUCACGCCACGUAGAUGUCCGUAGUUCCUCUAAUGUUCCGCGACUGGUGGGAUGAGCUCGACUUUCCAAUGCGCACCUCGCGCCUCUUGGAUCAACAUUUUGGCCAGGGCCUCAAGCGUGACGAUCUGAUGUCAUCCGUUUGGAGCUCCCGCCCCACAAUGCUGCGGUCCGGUUAUCUGCGCCCUUGGCAGCGUUCGGCCAACAGUCUGCAAAAGCAGGAAUCCGGCUCCACGCUCAACAUUGACAGCGAAAAGUUCGAGGUUAUUCUGGAUGUGCAGCAGUUCUCGCCCAAUGAGAUUACGGUUAAGGUGGCUGACAAGUUCGUUAUUGUCGAGGGCAAGCACGAGGAGAAGCAGGAUGAGCAUGGAUUUGUCUCACGCCAGUUCUCCAGACGUUACCAACUGCCAAGUGAUGUUCAUCCAGACUCAGUCACCUCUUCGCUUUCCUCGGAUGGUCUGCUGACCAUUACGGCACCCAUGAAGAAGUUGCCACCGCCCUCAUCUGAACGCCUGGUGCAAAUCACACAGACGGGCCCCUCAUCCAAAGAGGAUAAUGCCAAGAAAGUUGAAACCACAUCGCAAUAAGCGUCAAUGAUGAACGGAGGAGCUACAAUUUUUUUACUUACAUACACAUAUUAUAAUUAGAUUAAGUAUAUAUGACUAAAAUAUGGAAGCUUUUGUAAUAAAUUUAACAAAUCAAACACCAAA